AUGGCAUUCUUGGAUGAUCCCGAGUUUAUCAUUGCUCAUAUUCGUCACUCCUGCGUCAUCACCGAUGAUACCGGUGAGUAUAUGCAUGUAUAAAGUGUAACAUUAUGGAGGCGUGUCGGUAAAAUUCCUACAAACAACUUAGUCUUGAAAAAUAGCAACUUAAGAUAGAUUAAAUGGUGUCAAACAGUUUAAACAUGGGUUGAAACUGCAUCGGUGGCAAAGAAAGUGCAAAUACAGUAGACCCCAAAACAGCCCUGCCGCACUCAAUCAGCACAUGCGAGAAAAAAACUUCUGGUUCCCCUAGGGCUAGGACUAUUACACAGCAAGUGUAAUUUGUAUAAAAAGUGAUAAGUUCAGGGUGAAAAUUGUUGUGUUUCCUUAAUUAACAUGAUAAUUCUGUUUUUACAUGAGGCAUGUGUGAACAAGUGAUAAUGAAUGAGGAAUUGGAGAAUGAAAAAGCAAUCAAGCAGCGGAAAAAACUCAUUGGGAGAUAUUCUAUUGACAGGUUAGCAUAUUUUGUCAUUUAUAGUUCACAAGUUUACUUGCGUUGACUGCAGCAUUUUAACCAAUCCCAUUGGAGAUCAGGCAGAAACUUGUUAUUACAUUAGACCAAGUCAUAAAUUAAAGCUUCACUUAUACUUCAACGGAAAAGGGAAAAGAAAACAUUUUUUGUUUAUUUGUGUGCUAUGGUAAUCACCAAAACAAGACACAUUUUAGCUUUUUAAAAUGAUAUUAAUAGUAAAAAGCUUUCAAGCUUUUGAUGUUAUAAAAUGUACAUGUAGCCCCUUUUACAUACUAACUGAUUUACAAACACCUUAUGGUUUUUAGGGAAUUCCUGGACUUCCCAAGUUAUCCACAAUCAUUUGAUAUUGCAGUAAGCCCAGAUAUUCUCAGUCUAAGGAAUUCUAAAUCACAAGGAAAGGGUGAUCGUGGUAGGAGAGAGAGGUACAAUGUUAAUAAACAGUAUUGUUUUAAUGGCAAGAGUGUUGUUUUUCAGGAACUUGCUACAUUAACACAUAGUUAAGCAAGGUAGCAAAGUUUAAUGAGUUUGCUAAUGUCCCAAGAAAGCUCAACCAAAUUUGGACAUUGUCUUGUUGGCUUUUGAAUCUGCUCAGCAGUGAUUAACAUAUCCUUUUGAAGAUGAGUAACUACAUGUAAACCCCAUUUACACGUGCUAAAAAAAUCGGCAUGGCACGCCAAAUUUUUGGCACAGUGCUGACGAUUUUAAGGCAUAGCACUCCUAAUUUUCGACGAGUAAACGUAUCGGUCCCAAAUGUAAUGUGGCACCAGUGCUCAAAAUUUUAGGGGUGCCGAGAUUACCUCCUGGAGGUAGUGCAUGAAAGGGUAGGGUUUUCACAAGUUGAAUUUUAUGAAAGGGGUAUGGAAAUCUGUCAUUUUAAUCUGCAAUUAGACCCAAAAAGGAUAACAGAUGCAUUUUACUGCUGGGACAAAGUUGACGAAACAUUCCAGUUUUGUGAUUCACCUGUAUUCAUAUUUUAAGAAAGUGGAUUUACAGCAGUCAAAUGUAAAGUUUUAAACUAGGUAUGUGGAAGGGGUAUCACUUGUCAAUAGAAGGUAUAAGAAUGGGCUACCUUUUCUUUCAAAAGGGCAUAUAAAAGGAUAAGGGGUCAGACCUCAGGUUGGGAGGGGGGGGAGGUUAAUGAUGGACUCUUGUGAGAUGGCUCUAACUUUUCAGUCUUGCUGUGUGACCAUUCACUUCGUUGUCACCAAGAUUUCAAAUUGGCGUUAGAGUAAACAAGACAGUACAUUUGUAGGAGGGGAAAUCAAGCAGCUAGAUUCUAAUUUUCUUCUAUUUUCCUAUGGAAGUAGCUAGAAGAAAUCCCUGACCCCUGAUCCUCACAGCCUGGUGUUCAAAUCAAACCUCUUUGUCAUUACAUUUCAAAUGGUACAUGCAGUACUAUUUUUUUUUCAUUACUUUCCUAUAAAUGUAAAUUGUGAAUGAAAUUUGAAUUUUUUCUCUCAGUUUGACAUUAUAGUCACAUCGGGAAGUGAAAGGGUUGGAGUAAAGGAAAUAGGUUUUAAGAUUUGAUGCAAAGUUGGACUAAAUCUUUGUGGUGGCCAACCAAAAUUAUUGUGACUUACCAGCUCUUUGGACUUGUAUGAUUGUCCUUGUUAUCUACACCCAUUAAUGAGUAACUUGUGCCUUUUUUAUCUUUAGGAAUACAGAAGUAAAAUGCAAGACUGUGUCAUGGAAGGAGGGUGAAAAAAGUACUUUGAGUGGUAUGUGUUGAGUUUUUAGAUCCCUAAGAGAAUGUGUCGCAAUAUUGAGGCAAAAGUAACAGCUUUCAUUUGACUGGUCCUGAGAUCAUUUCAUUCACCUGAGUAGUCCCAGACGUCACUAUGUGCAGGCAAAAAAGACUGUCUUAUGUAAUCUUGUUUCUUUUUUUGUUUUUUCAGCUGAAGAUUUGUCUGAUGUGUUUGGUAAGAGGGAAGUAAAACAAGAGAAAAGUAAGACAGUUGCAGUUUCUCAGCUUAGUAGACAGCUGGAGGAAUCUAUUGGCAAACCAAACAACCCAUUCUUAGAAUACUCAAAGUUUGAUGGAGAGGUAAGUUGAGAGAAAAGUUUCUGGUUUCUGGUUUCUCUGCGUGACGUGUUUGAUGCCAAAAUAGUCUGAAAUUGUUAUUUUACAAAUCGUCCCACCCGAGUUUAUACUGUAGCACUGAGAACGUUGACAUGCUGUCAACUGAAAUAAGGAAAGCUCUAUUACAAAACACAGCUGAUAAUUAAUUGUCCACAUUAGGUAAGCAAGGUUGACUUUCUGUGAGAAUCCAUUUUUUGGGUAAGAAACAAGUGUCCAUUGUCUGCAUGGCUUUCCGUAUUAAGUGGGUUAAAUCUAGUGAAACUGUAAGUGCUUUUCCCUAGUCAUCCUUAGAACAGGAUUAGGCUGUAAUUAUCAACUCUACUGAAGUUGAGACUUGGGGUUGAAAAGUGUGUACAAUGUAUGCUAGUGUACUGAGCUGUGAGGUAACACUUGAGGUACAGUGCAAGCAUUAUAUUUUUGUAAUUUUAUCUUUUUAUGGGUUUUAGGUAUAUAACAGAUACUUUAUUUUGAAGUUAUUUGAUAAAACUCCUAUUGGAUAAGUUUAGUUUCAAUGCACACACUCACAACCCUAGUCUCCUUCUUAGCCCCAAGGGGCUGAGUCACACAAUGCUGUGAAGGAGACCAUCACAACCCAUGAUAAACUGCCAUGUUUUCAUUCUGAACUGCCUUGCAUUUCAAGUAAUGGGAGAAUCCGAGUUACCUUUAGCUUUUGUUAUAGUACAUAAAAUAUGUUGUAAAGCCCCUCACAAGUACAUGUAUUUGUUAACGACCAGUGUCCCCCCCUCUCACUACAUUUAUCAGUGAGUAAGAUAUUUUGCUAUGCUUUUCCGUAAGCAUUGCCUUUGUUUUAAGGUCAAACAGUUUUGUCCUUGUCUUAUCUUAUCGCAGGCAUACCAAAACUCCUACAUGUAUACCACCAAGAAAUAUAAAAUUUUUUUGACCAUGCAGUCAGAGGUAAGAAUACUGUACUGUGUAUUAUAGGGAAUGUGAUCAACUACAGAUAGGAAGCAGUUGAAUUAAGAUCAGUGUAAACGCCAAGAGACUCAAAAAUAAAUGAGCAUAAGGCAAGCCUCUGCUUGCAUUUUAAAUUAAUUAAUAUUUUGUGCCAAUUCUUUACCGUCCUUACAGGGCUUCUGAUAGGUUGCAGAAAAAAAAGUCAAAUUUCGUGCGAUUUUUAGAGACAAAAUAGCGGAAAAUCGGAUGAUUUCGCGGGAAUUUCGUGGGAAUUUUCGGGGCAAACUUGGCCAGAAAGCAAUUGGUAAAAAAAUAGUGGAUUUUGUGGUCAUUUUUGGGCAAAUUUCGCUAGAAAUCGAUCGGUUUUUCGCUGAUCAGACCGGCAUUUUUAAUGUUUUUCUAACAGAGGUCAUCAUUUUUUGCUCAUUCAACAACAAUACGCUCCAGAAAUGAACCAAUGGCAAAGCCUUUAACAUCAUGGCUAGUGCCCAGUUUUUCACAACAUAAUCUACACCUGGUAGUUUUGGAACGUUGUUUGCACGUUUCUGUGAGGAAGUUUUGAGAUGAAUUUGCGAGUUUACGGCAAGUAAAUACCCCCAGUAGCUGAGACAAGUUUCAAAAUUGCUGUACAGACAUGUAUUUGAUAAGAUUUCUACCCAUCCGAAUUUCGCGGUAUUUUGCAUGUUUUUGUGAAUUUUGCGGGAUUUCGCAGAUUUGCCUGGAUUUCGCAGCUCCGCGGCCACGCGAAGUAUCAGAAGCCCUGUCCUUAGCAAAACAAAAUUGUCGUUUGGCACAACGAGAUCCAAAAGUAAUGUACAAUUAGUCAAUAGAAUUAUUUUCAAUCCCUACCCUACGCGAUUUUCUUGCAGUGCAUGGUACAUCGUGUAAUGCAUGUUGUACUACAUUUUUUAUUAAUCUUACAAACUAUAUUAUUUUACAUUAAAAUUUACUUUUUCAAUAGCUCAUUUUAAUGUGAUUCAAUUACUUCUUGAAUUAAUUUUCCUUUCAUUUAGGAGGAAAGAGCCAUGCCAAUGAUUGUUACAUGUUGUACAGUAUUAGGUAAGAUGAUCUUUAAUCACAUUUGAACAUACCACUUUAAGGUGGAACUACUCAAACAGAAGAUUAUCAUCACAACAUUUUUUGAAGACAAAAGAUUCUCAAGUUUUUUUGCAAAUGGAACAAUAAAAUUCAAGGUUCAUCUGUGCAACCGUUGAAAACUUUGAAACCAUUUGAACUUACCUGAGCCCUCAGAUUCAUGAAUGUUAUUGAAACUUGAGAAACUUGAGAACCUUUUGUUUUCAAAAACCAUUGUGAUUGGAUAAUCUUCUUCCAAGUGCCCAUUCUUUGAGCAGACUACGUACAGUUGUCUCUAUUAUAAUGGACACCUUUACAGAACACACACCUCUGUAAAACAGACACCUAGAGUUGGUCCCUGCCUUUCUUUACUCCCUUUAUUUGACUCUUUAUAAGACAGACAUUUCUCUGAGACGGACACUUAGUACUGGUUUCAAAGGUGUCUGUCUUAAAGAGAGUUGACUGUAGUCAUUGAAUGGCUUUUGGGGAUCUCUUCUUCCAGCUAAUGCCAGUGUUCAGGAUCCAGUUAAUGCAUGUGUUCAGGAUCUGAUUGGACUAAUCAUGUACAAAUACACAAGUGAAGGGCGGCAACCUCCACUGAAGGUAAAGCUUGUGUUCAAGCAGAAACUCUUGAGAUAUUGAAACUUGUUACUCUCAUAUGUUUGCUUUGUCCGAUGUUUGUGAACGUUCAUUUUCGCAUGUACCAUAUUUGGAAUGAGAAGAAAAGAUAACUGACCAAUCAAUCUUCUAGAGAAAACGACAAAAAAAUGGCCAAAAACGGACUGGCAUGUCCCAGAAGUCUUUGCAAAAGUCUUUGCGAGAGAUAACUCGGCCCAGUUCCUUUGUGCAUUUGCCACUGAUUUAAUCAGGGACACCCAAGGACUGUUUUCUGUAAAAUAUAUGUUCGAAGAGGCAAAUGUUGCCUAGAAUUUUCUGUAGUCUAAAGGUGCAUCAAAAUUUCUCGAUGACUCUUUCAUUCAUGUACAACUGGGUAUUACGGUUGUCGCAAGAACUGAAUCAAAGACAAUGGUCAUGCGGAUUUUUAUUCAUUUAUUUAUUCAUUUUGGGCUAACAAGGAGAACAAGGGGUAACAAGUUAAGGGGUAACCUGGGGGACCAAGAAGUAACAAGGGUAACAUAGGGUAACAAGGGUAACAACUUAACAUGGGGUAACAAGGGUAACAAGAGGUAACAAGGGGUAACAAGGGUAACAAGGGAAACAAGGGGUAACAAGGAUAACAAGGGGUAACAUGAGGUAACAGGGGGUAACAUGGGGUAAAAAGGGGUAACAUGGGGUAACAAGGGUAACAAGGGGUAACAAGGGGUAACAAGGGGUAACAAGGGGUAACAAGGGUAAUGUGGAGUAACAAGGGGUAACAAGGGUAACAAGGGGUAACAAAGGUAACCAGGGGUAACAAGGGUAACAAGGGGUAACAAGGGUAACAAGGGUAACAAGGGGUAACAAGGGUAACAAGGGGUAACAAGGGGUAACAAGGGGUAACAAGACGUAACAAGGGUAACAAAGGUAACAUGGGGUAACAAGGGGUGACAUGGGGUAACAAGGGUACCAAGGGUAACAUGGGGUAACAAGGGUAACAAAGGUAAAAAGGGGUAACAAGGGUAACAAGGGGUAAAAGGGUAAAAAGGGGUAACAAGGGGUAACAAGGGGUAACAAGACGUAACAAGGGUAACAAAGGUAAAAAGGGGUAACAAGGGUAACAAGGGGUAACAAGGGUAACAAGGGGUAACAAGGGGUAACAAGACGUAACAAGGGUAACAAAGGUAACAUGGGGUAACAAGGGGUGACAUGGGGUAACAAGGGUACCAAGGGUAACAUGGGGUAACAAGGGUAACAAAGGUAAAAAGGGGUAACAAGGGUAACAAGGGGUAAAAGGGUAAAAAGGGGUAACAAGGGUAACAUGGGGUAAAGGUAAAAAAGGGUAACAAGGUUAACAAGGGGUGACAGGGGGUAACAAGGGGUAACAGGGGUAACAUGGGGUAACAAGGGUAACAAGGGGUAACAAGGGUAACAAGGGGUAACAUGGGGUAACAAGGGGUAACAAGGGUAACAUGGGGUAACAAGGGCAACAAGGGGUAACAAGGGGUAACAUGACGUAACAAGAGGUAACAAGGGUAACAUGGGGUAACAAGAGGUAACAUGGGGUAACAAGGGUAACAUGGGGUAACAAGGGGUAGCAAGGGUAACAAGGGGUAACAAGGGGUAACAAGGGUAACAAGGGGUAACAAGGGGUAACAAAGGUAACAAGGGGUAACAAGGGGUAACAAGGGUAACAAGGGUAACAUGGGGUAACAAGGGGUAAAAAAUGUAACGUGGGGUAACAAGGAGUAACAAGGGUAACAAGGGGUAACAAGGGGUAACAAGGGUAACAAGGGUAACAUGGGGUAACAAGAGGAAACAUGGGGUAACAAGGGUAACAAGGGGUAACAAGGGUAACGUGCGGUAACAAGGGGUAACAAGAGUAACAAGGGUAACAUGGGGUAACAAGGGGUAACAUGGGGUAACAAGGGUAACAAGGGUAACAUGGCCUAAAAAGGAUAACAAAGGUAACGUGGGGUAACAAGGGGUAAAAAGGGGUAACAAGGGGUAACAAGGGUAACAAGGGGUAACAAGGGGUAACAAGGGUAACGUGCGGUAACAAGGGGUAACAAGAGUAACAUGGGGUAACAAGGGGUAACAUGGGGUAAAAAGGGUAACAAGGGUAACAUGGCGUAACAAGAAUAACAAAGGUAACAAGGGGUAACAAGGUUAACAAGGGGUAAAAGGGUAGCAAGGGGUAACAAGGGUAGCAUGGGGUAAAGGUAACAAAGGGUAACAAGGGGUAACAUGGGGUAAACAGGGGUAACAAGGGGUAACAAGGGUAUCAUGGGGUAACAAGGGGUAACAUGCGGUAACAAGGGUAAAAAGGGGUAACAUGGGGUAACAAAAGGUAACAAGGGUAACAAGGGUAACAUGGGGUAACAAGGGGUAACAAGGGGUAGCAAGGGUAACAAGGGUAACAUGGCGUAACAAGGGUAACAAAGGUAACAAGGGUAACAAGGGGUAAAAGGGUAACAAGGGUGAACAAGGGUAACAUGGGGUAAAGGUAACAAAGGGUAACAAGGGUAACAAGGGGUGACAAGGGGUAACAAGGGGUAACAAGGGUAACAUGGGGUAACAAGGGUAAGAAUGGGUAACAAGGGUAACAAGGGGUAACAUGGGGUAACAAGGGUAACAAGGGUAACAUGAGGUAACAAGAGGUAGCAUGGGGUAACAAGGGUAACAUGGGGUAACAAGGGGUAACAAAGGUAACAAGGGGUAACAAGGGGUAACAAGGGGUAACAAGGGUAACAAGGGUAACAUGGGGUAACAAGAGGUAACAAGGGUAACAAGGGUAACAUGGGGUAACAAGGGUAACAAGGGGUAACAUGGCGUAACAAGGGGUAACAAGGGUAACAUGGGGUAACAAGAGGUAACAUGGGGUAACAAGGGUAACAUGGGGUAACAAGGGGUAGCAAGGGUAACAAGGGGUAACAAGGGGUAACAAGGGUAACAAGGGGUAACAAGGGGUAACAAGGGUAACAAGGGGUAACAAGGGGUAACAAGGGGUAACAAAGGGUAACAAGGGUAACAAGGGGUAACAAGGGGUAACAAAGGUAACGUGGGGUAACAAGGAGUAACAAGGGUAACAAGGGGUAACAAGGGGUAACAAGGGGUAAAAAGGGUAACAAGGGGUAACAAGGGUAACAAGGGGUAACAAGGGUAACAAGGGGUAACAUGGGGUAACAAGGGGUAACAAGGGUAACAUGGGGUAACAAGAGGUAACAUGGGGUAACAAGGGUAACAUGGGGUAACAAGGGGAAACAUGGGGUAAGAAGGGUAAAAGGGGGUAACAAGGGUAACAUGGGGUAACAAGAGGGUAACAUGGGGUAACAAGGGUAACAAGGGGUAACAAGGGUAACAUGGGGUAACAAGGGGUAACAAAAGGGUAACAAGGGGUAACAAGGGGGUAACAUGGGGUAACAAGGGGUAACAAGGGUAACAAAGGGUAACAGGGGGUAACAAAAAGGGUAACAUGGGGUAACAUGGGGUAACAAAAGGGGUAACAAGGGUAACACAAGGGUAACAAGGGUAAAUGGGGUAACAAGGGGUAACAAGGGGUAACAAGGGCAACAAGGGGUAACAAGGGUAACAUGGGGUAACAUGGGGUAACAAGGGUAAGAAUGGGGUAACAAGGGGUAACAAGGGUAACAAGGGUAACAAGGGGUAACAAGGGUAACAAGGGGUAACAAGGGUAACAAGGGGUAACAAGGGGUAACAAGGGUAACAAGGGGUAACAUGGGUAACAAGGGGUAACAUGGGUAACAAGGGGUAACAAGGGGUAACAUGGGUAACAAGGGGUAACAAGGGUAACAAGGGGUAACAAGGGUAACAAGGGGUAACAAGGGGUAACAUGGGUAACAAGGGGUAGCAUGGGGUAACAAGGGUAACAAGGGGUAACAAGGGGUAAUAAGGGUAACAAGGGUAACAAGGGGUAACAAGGGUAACAAGGGGUAACAAGGGGAACAAAAGGGUAACAAGGGGUAACAAGGGGUAACAAGGGGUAACAAAGGGUAACAAAGGGUAACAUGGGGUAACAAAGGGGUAAAAAUGUAACGUGGGGUAACAAAGGGGUAACAAAAGGGUAACAAGGGUAACAAAGGGGUAAAAAAAGGGUAACAAGGUAACAUGGGGUAACAAAGGAAACAUGGGGUAACAAGGGUAACAAGGGGUAACAAAGCGUCACGGUAACAAGGGGUAACAAGGGUAACAUGGGGUAACAAGGGGUAACAAGGGUAACAUGGGGUAACAUGGGGUAAAAAGGGUAACAAGGGUAACAUGGCGUAACAAAAAUAACAAAGGUAACAAGGGGUAACAAGGAUAACAUGGGGUAAAGGUAACAAAGGGUAACAAGGGGUAACAUGGGGUAAACAGGGGUAACAAGGGGUAACAAGGGUAUCAUGGGGUAACAAGGGGUAACAUGCGGUAACAAGGGGUAAAAAGGGUAACAUGGGGUAACAAAAAGGUAACAAGGGGUAACAAAGGGUAACAUGGGGUAAAAGGGGUAACAAGAAUUAACAAGGUAACAAAGGGUAACAAGGGUAACAAGGGGUAACAAGGGUAACAAAGGGGUAACAUGGGGUAACAAAAGGGUAAAAAGAAUGGGUGAACAAAGGGUAACAUGGGGAAUUAAAUGGGGUAACAAAGGGUAACAAGGUAACAAGGGGUGACAAGGGUAACAAAAGGGGUAACUCGGGGUAACAUGGGGUAAUAAGGAGUAAGAAUGGGUAACAAGGGUAACAAGGGUAACAUGGGGUAACAAAGGGUAACUUGACCCUUGCUACAAUGGUAACAAAGGGUUACCCCAUUUACCCUCGUUACCCAUGUGUUGUUACCCCAUGCCUCUUGUUACCCCUUGUUACCCCUUGUUACCCCUUGUUACCCUUUUACCCCCAUGUUACCCCUUGUUAUUCCAUGUUACCCUUUUUACCCUUGUUACCCCUUGUUACCCCUUGUUACCCUUGUUACCCCUUGUUACCCCUUGUUACCCUUGUUACCCCUUGUUACCCCUUGUUACCCUUGUUACACCUUGUUACCCCUUGUGACACUUGUUACCCCUUGUUACCCCUUGUUACCCCUUGUAAUCCCUUGUUACCCCAUGUUACCCUUGUUACCGUUGUUACCCCAUGUUACCCCUUGUUACCCCAUGUUACGCUUGUUACCCCUUGUUACCGUUGUUACCCCUAGUUACCCUUGUACCCUCUUGUUACCCCAUGUUACCCUUGUUACCCCAUGUUACCCCUUUGUACCCCAUGUUACCCUUGUUACACCUUGUUACCCCAUGUUACCCUUUGUUACCCCAUGUUACCCUUGUUACCUUUGUUACCAUUGUUACCCCAUGUUACCCCUUGUUACCCUUGUUACCCCUAGUUACCCCUUGUUACCCUUGUUACCCCUUGUUACCUUUGAUACCCUUGUUACCCCAUUGUACCCUUCUUACCCCUUGUUACCCUUGCUACCCCUUGUUACCCCUUGUUACCCCAUGUUACCUUUGUUACCCCUUGUUACCCUUGUUACCCCUUGUUACCCUUGUUACCUUGGUUACCGUUGUUACCCUAUGUUACCCUUGUUACCCCUUUUUACCCUUGCUACCCUUUGUUACCCCUCGUUACCCCAUGUUACCCUUGUUACCCCAUGCUACCUCUUGUUACCCCAUGUUACCCUUGUUACCCCUUGUUUCCCUUUUUACCCCAUGUUACCCCUUGUUGCUCCAUGUUACCCUUGUUACCCUUGUUACCCUUGUUACCCCUUGUUACCCUUGUUACCCCUUGUUACCCCUUGUUACCCUUGUUACCCCUGGUUACCCCUUGUUACCCUUGUUACACCUUGUUACCCCUUGUGACACUUGUUACCCCUUGCUACCCUUGUUACCCCUUGUUACCCCUUGUAACCCCUUGUUACCCCAUGUUACUCUUGUUACCGUUGUUACCCCAUGUUACCCCUUUUUACCCCAUGUUACGCUUGUUACCCCUUGUUACCGUUGUUACCCCUAGUUACCCUUGUUCCCUCUUGUUAUCCCAUGUUACCCUUGUUACCCAAUGUUACCCCUUGUUACCCCAUGUUACCCUUGUUACCCCUUGUUAGCCUUGUUACCCCUUGUUACCCCUUGUUACCCUUGUUACCCCUUGUUACCUUUGUUACCCUUGUUACCCCAUGUUACCCUUGUUACCCCUUGUUACCCUUGCUACCUCUUGUUACUCCUUGUUACCCCAUGUUACCUUUGUUACCCCAUGUUACCUCUUGUUACCCCAUGUUACCCUUGUCACCUCUUGUUAUCUUUGUUACCCCUUGUUACCCUUGUUUUCCCAUGUUACCCCUGUUACCCCUUGUUACCCCUUGUCACCCCUUUUUAACCUUGUUACCCUCUGUUACCUUUACCCCAUGUUACCCUUGUUACCCCUUGUUACCCUUGUUACCCCUGGUUACCCCUUGUUACCCUUGUUACGCCUUGUUACCCCUUGUUACCCCUUGUUACCCUUGUUACCCCUUGUUACCUUUGUCACCUUUGUUACCCCAUGUUACCCUUGUUCCCCCUUGUUUCCCUUGCUACCCCUUGUUACCCCUUGUUACCCGUUGUUACCCCAUGUUACGUUUGUUACCCCAUGUUACCUCUUGUUACCCCAUGUUACCCAUGUUACCCUUGUUACCCCUUGUUACCCUUGUUACCCCUUGUUACCUCUUGUUACGCCAUGUUACCCUUGUUACGCCUUGUUACCUGUUGUUACCCUUGUUACCCUUUGUUACUCUUUUUGCCCUAUGUUUUCCUUGUUACCCUUGUUACCCUGGUUAGCCCAUGUGCCCCUUGUUACCCCUUGUUAACAAGGGUAACAAGGGGUAAGAAGGGUGACAACGGGUAACAACGGGUAACAAGGGUAACAAGGGUAACAUGGGGUAACAAGGGGUAACAUGGGGUAACAAGGGUAACAAGGGUAACAUGGGGUAACAAGGGUAGCAAGGGGUAUCAAGGGUAACAAGGGGUAACAAGGGGUAAGAAAGGUAACAAGGGUAACAAGGCGUAACAAGGGGUAACAUAAGGUAACAAGGGUAACAAGGGUAACAAGGGAAACAUUGGGUAAGAAGGGUAACAAGGGUAACAUUGGGUAAGAAGGGUAACAAGGGUAACAAUGGGUAAGAAGGGUAGCAUGGGGUAAGAAAGGUAACAAGGGGUAACAAGUGGGAAGAAGGGUGAACAUGGGGUAAGAAGGGUUACAAGGGGUAUUAGGGGUAACAGAAUUAUGUAACAAUUUUUACAAUACAAUAAUUAUGUAAUUAUUGCACGGAAAUCUUUGUUAUCGUUGUAAACACAUGUGUCUGUAGGUGUUCUCUUGAUAAUAAAGCAGUUAUCGUAUUCUAUCCUAGGGGUAACAUAGGGAAACAAGUGGGAACAAGGGUUAACAUGGGUUAACAAGGGGUAACCAGGGACACAAGGGGUAACAGGGGGAACAAGGGGUAACAAGGGGUAACAUGGGGUAAGAAGGGGAACAAGGGGUAACAAAGGGGAACAAGGUGUAACAUGUUGUAACAAGGGGGAAUAUGGGGUAACUAGGGUAACAAGGGUUAACAUGGGGUAACAUGGGUGUUAAACAGGGGGUAACAAGGGGUGACAUGGGGUAACAAGGGUUACAAGGGGUAACGAGGGGUAACAUGGGGUAACAAGGGUAACAAGUGGUUACAUGGGGAAACAAGGGUAACAAGGGGUAACAUAGGGUAACCAGGGGUAGCAUGGGAUAACAAGGGGUAACAUGGGGUAACAAGGAUAACGAGGGGUAACAAGGGGUAACGAGGGUUAAAAGGGGUAAGAAGGUGGAACAGGGGGUAACAAGGGGUAACAUGGGUUAACAAGGGGUAACAAGGGGGGACAUGGGGUAACAAGGGUAACAAGGGGUAACAAGCGGAACAAUUGGUAACAAUGGGAAGAAGGGGUAACAAGGGUAACGUGGGCAACAAGGGUUACAAGGGGUAACAACGGGUAACAUGGGUUAUGAAGGGUAACACGGGUAGCAUGCUGUAAUAAGGGUAACAAGGGGUGACAAGGGGUAACUUGGGGUAACAAGGGUAACAAGGGGGAACUAGGGGUAACAUGGGGUAACAAGGGGUAACAUGGGGUAACAAGGGGUAACAAAGGGUAACAUGGGGUUACAAGGGUAACAAGGGAAACAUGGGGGAACAAAGGGAAUUUGGGGAACAAGGGGUAACAAGGGUAACAUGGGGUAACAAUAGUUACAAGUGGUAACAAGUGGUAAUAUGGGGGUAACAAGGGUAACAAGUUGUAACAACGGGUAACUUGGGGUAAGAAGGGUAACAAGGAGUAACAAGGGAAACAAGGGGUAACAAGGGAAGCAAGGGCUAACAAGGGAAGCAAGGGCUAACAAGGGAAGCAAGGGCUAACAAGGGGUGACAAGUGGGGGAGGGUAAACAAGGUGCAGUAUGGUGUUAUGGUAUAGUCUCCCUUGCAGCCGUUACUAGGGUCGUUACUUAACGCUCCUUCCGAGCGUUGCGUGACGAUCCUAAUAACGGCUGUGAAGGAGACAAGGUACUUCUUUGGUUUGGGUUGUUUGUAGGUGUUAAGUCGUGGAAAGUGAGUUCAUCCCAAGUUUGUUAGGUGUUAAGCUGACUUCGUUGUUUUUCAUUAGCAUGAUAUAAAGUCCUGCUCCUUGCAUAUUGCUGAGGAAGACGGUGAAGUUGACACUGAUUUUCCAGGUAAGGGAUGAACAGAAAUUGUCAGCAAUUGCUUGAAACAUUUCAUUUAGAGCUUAGUAGCAAUAAAAUCUAUGGCAGUGAAAGAGAUCGCCUAAUAAACCUGCAUGCCCGCCUGUCCUGCUCGACAAUCACGAGGGACUGCGAGGAAAUCGCAAAUUAGACUGUUUGCACAUGAUGUCACGUUCAUCAUAUUAGGCUGAUUUAGCAACAGAACGGGAACGUCAUUUGACGACGGGAAAGCGCGCGGAAAGGACUAAACUCGACUUCCGGUGCCAGAUUUGCUGCUUAGCCAUUGGUCAAGCCAAUUGUUUGAUUUGCGCGCGCCGUCAUCAGCUGACGUUCCCGUUUUGUUGCUAAAUCAGCCUAUAGGUGUCCUAAAUUAAUCCUGUGGGAGCUGAACCGUUUUCUUAUGUAAGAAAGUUCGGAUCAUUAUACGUUUCUGGGAAACUGCCCACCUACCCCUCCCCUAAGCCAACUUUUUGUCCUAAAUGGAAAGUAAGUGUUAAAGUUGGCUUAGGGGAGGGGUAAGUAGGCAGUUUCCCUGAAGCGUAUAAUUAUCCCCUUUGGAUCAAAAUACGUUUUUCUUAUGUAAAAACUCUCUUUUUUUUUCAAUAAAUUUACAUAGCUGCUGACCAUGUGAGUGAAAACGCUUUGUAACUGAUGAAAUGACUUUUACGGAGGAGGGGGGGGGGGCGGUGGGGGAGCAAAACAGGGGCAAAACAGGGGAACGCCAGUAAGCAGGGGGAAGGGUGGGAGGGUUUGUCUCCUUGUCCUUCUUUCCCCACCACUUUCCCCAACAUGACACUUUGGAGACAAAUAGAUAACUACUGUUAUACCUUUCGAACCAGAAGAUUAGAACAGAUGGUAAUGUUUGACUGUUCUUUCUUUUAAGCUCUCGACAGCAAAGAACCGAUUUCGAAAUUUGAUUUCCCGUGCUUGGCGUUAGUUCAGGUAUUUUAUUUUCUGUUAACUUUGAUCUUUUUUACUACAGCCACAAAACAAACAUUUCUUUAGUUUAAAACAGCUUUUUCCUUCAUGGUGUCAAUGAUGCUGCACAAUCCCGGUUCUGUCUCUGGAACCAUUGGAUAAAUUCUUAGCAACUUCAUCCCGGAGAAAUAGAUGCUUAGGGGAAGUGAAUUAAAGUGUAAAAUAUUUGCUUGGUUUUCAGAAAGACGCAAGUCCUGCCAAGCCAGCACCUCCAAAACCCUCAUCUGGGGUCAUCAUAACAGUGUAAGUAUGAAAGCAGUCACAUACUAGGCUUGGUUAAUGGCGGGUUUUUAGCAACGACGACAGCGACAGCAGUAAGAACGUCAAAAAGCAAUAGCUUUUACAGUAAGCGAAACAACAAUUUUUUGACACGUAGCACCGUAGUGGUGCAUUUCGUUGCCGUCAUUGCACGACCGCGACGUGAAAUUUCCUGAUGCGACGUUUUAUGGAGGACGUUAACGCACGACGAGGAAUUUUUCUUUUUCUUUAUAUUAAACUUGAUUGCGAUCCCCAAAGAUUCAUCUCCAGGAAAAUUCGUUUGUAUUUGACAAAAUGAGCAGGUACGGUAAAGCUUGAAAGAUCGCAAAAUUUAAUGCAUUUUCAGUGACGUUUUCCUUGUCGUCGGGUCGUCUCUCUGUUAGGGAGCUCCAGCAACGACAACGAGGACGACCAGGACGUCAGAGAACAGUUAUUUUUAUGAUCAAAACAACAGCUCUGCACGUACAUCUCGCUUUUCAGUACAUUUCUUUGACCUCCAGUGCACAACUACGACGUAUUACCUCCAUAGGCGACGUUUUAUAGAGGACGUGAGCGAACGACAACGAACGUACGUCGACGAAUGUUCCUCUCUCUUUUUCAACCUGGAUGAAGUCCUUAAGAAUUCACUCCAGCAGACAUUGACAGGUUCCAAUAGACUCGACAAAGUUUGAAACGACCCAAAUUCAUUGUUUAGCGACGUUGUCACUGCCGUCGUCUCCCUGUAUUUGGGAGCUUAAGCAAAGACGACGGCGGCGGCAACGAGAACGUCAAAAAAGCAAUAGGUUUAGAUUGACAAAACAAUAACAUUGCACGCGAACACUCCUUUUUGUACAUUUUUUUGCCGUCACUGCACGACUACGACGUGUAAGUGCUUAAUUUCACGUUUUAUGUAUUUAGGUAUGAAGCACAGCAUGGCUUUUCCAAAGUAAAAGUGGAUAGUGUGAACGCCCAAAUGAAGCGAGUGUUUGAAAUAAUAAAAAAGAAGAGAGGCCUUAAACGAACAGGUUCGCAUUUUAUGAUGUUACGGGUGACAGUUCUAAGGCUAAGCUCCGUUGCCUUUUCUUCGUUUUCUUCUUCCUUCCUCACUUUCUCUUCUCUUUCUUUGAUUUUCUCUUCUUCCCUCCAUCCUCCUUUCCUCUUUCCCAUUUCUUUCUCUCUACCUUCCGUCCACUACUCCUGUUCUAUUCCUUUUUCGUACCUCUUUCCUCCCUUACCACCUCCUAUCUUACCCUCCCUUCCUCUUUUCCAUUAAUCCCACCCUUCCUCUUUUCUUCUCUCCCCCUCUCCAUCUCUCUUGCCUCUUCUCCCCUUCCUUCCUGUUCUACUUUCCUUCCACUACUCCAAUUUUCUUCCCAUUUCAUACUCAUUUCUCCCUUACCACCUCCUAUCUUACCCUCCCUCCCUCUCUUCCGUUAAUCCCACCCUUCCUCUUUUCUUCUCUCCCACUCUCAAUCUUUCUUGCCUCAUCUUCCCUUCCUUCCUGUUCUACCUUCCUUCCACUACUCCAAUUUUCUUCCCAUUUCAUACCUAUUCCUCCCUUACCAACUCCUUUCUUACCCUUCCUCUCUCUCUUCCAUUAAUCCCACCCUUCCUCUUUUCUUCUCUCCCUUCCUCCAUCUUCCUCGCCUCAUCUCCCUUUCCUUCUUGUUCUACCUUCUUUCCACUACUCCAGUUUUCUUCCCUUUCCAUACCUAUCCUUCCCCUACCAACUCCUAUCUCACCCUCCCUCCCUCUCUUUCAUUUAUCCCAUCCUUCCUCUUUUCUUCUUUUCCUCUUCCUCGCCUCUUCUGCCCUUCCUUCCUGUCCUACCUUCCUUCCACUACUCCAAUUUUCUUCCCCUUUCAUACCCAUUCCUCCCUUACCAACUCCUUUCUUACCCUCCCUCCCUCUUUUCCAUUUAUCCCAGCCUUUCUCCUUUCCUUUCCUCCUUGCUUCGUUCAUCUGUCCGAACUAACGUAGUGAAAAAUUCUGAAGGAUCGUUUGUAAACCUUACUUCUUAUUCUAGCCAAAGAAUAUGUGUUGGAAAAGCAGUCAGAGCCAGGCGUCCCCAUAAGUCUGGAUGCAACCUUGGAGAGUAUGGGAACAAAGGAGUUUUGUCUUGUCAGAUUUGGUCGUAAGUGCUCUGCUCUUUAGUUUUUCAAAAUUCAAAUAUUCAGUUAGAAAUUGUAAACUAAAAUUCGAUCUCGUUAUCUUUUUUAAAGUGUACCUUAAUAUGCCCCCCUCGGUGAUUUUUGUGAAAUCUCUCAUUUUCCAAAGUGUGGCUAAGCCUUAAUCUGUUUAUCUUUUUUGAACGAUUUGUUUUGUUUCGUUUUUUUUUUUUCAAAUGACACUGUGCCUUGAACAAGUUAGCCCGUCGGUUUCAUGGAAGUUUUAGCCCGCACUUUUUCAUGAGCCUGAGAUAGGUGGGGUGGGGGCGGUCUCCAAAAUUUAUUUCGGCCCUUGGUCUAAAAAGAAAAGGGCUGGGCCCCUCCCCUGGAUCUGACCAGGGGAGCACUAAAUUUUUGGCUUUUUUUUUUAAAGCAAAGAAUUCAGAUUUGAAAAACAAAAACUGAAAAUGCUUUAUGUGUAAUUUUCAAUCCAUGUGAGUCAAUCCUUGCCAUCCGUUGCAACAGACGGGGGAAAGAGUUUCAUUGCUUUAAUAAUUAUAGCCUUAAAUAACAAAUCUGGAUCACUAUUUUUAGAAUUUAGUUGAUGAGAAGAAACGAUUUAGCUUUUUUGAAAAGUUGGCAAGUAGCCUGUCAUUAGGGGAGUUUAAGCAGCGACGUUUUAGAGGGAUGCACGUCAACCGGAAGUGGAGUUUUUGUACUCUUAGGCCGUGUUUUUGAACAAAUUCUUGGACAAAUCGUCUCACUUUCGGUUGACGUGGUUGCUUAAACUCCCCGGGGAGGUACUUUAGGAAUUUCUGGUAGGGGAUGUGUCGCUGGGACCCUGGAACCCUAAACCUAUACCAGUGCUAGUUCAGCUGAAUUUUGCUACUGCAGGCUGCUCUAACAACUUACACUACAGUAAACACCCGCAUAUAAGAACAAAUGGAUUAAGAACACCAGGCUGAAAUUCGGCCAAUAAAGCCCCAUUUUUAUAUGAACAAGAUCAGCCUGAAAAUUGUAACAUGUACUUAUAAAAUGGAAAAAGUGUCAUAAUUACAUAACAUGUAAGUUUAUGCUUGCUGUCAGAUAACUUCAUUUGCUAAUAUAAUCAAAUUAAAGAAUAAUUAUUUAUUUUAUUUUCCUAAAAUAUGCUAAAUAUUCCACUAGCAGCAUGUUUUGGAUAGUAUUACUAAAUAAAAAUUUAAGAACAUUUUAAGAUCAUUUUGAGGCUGAUUUGUCAUUAAGCACCCGAUAAAUAAGAACUCAAUCAGCCUGACCUCCGAAAUUGUGUGUUCUAACAGUAUAUUUUGUACGCAACAGGGAAACCCAAUGACCCAAUGAUCAACCAUGAUGACAAAAUUGACUUCAUCGUACCUAUACAAUACAGGGUGAGAGUUAAUUGUUUACGUAGCAAUAAGAAUGCUCACAGUAGAGGCCUUAAGAUUCUAAGACGUGGACAACUAAGAGAACACGAUUUUCUCACUAGGAAGAUUUAGAGCCACGUUUACCACAAUCAGCAAGUUGAGAAUUUCUCACAUUAAGAGAUGAGCAGAUAAAAACUGUACCAAACAAUUCCUUUGGAUAAACCUGGUAUGAAACUACUAAUUUUUUUUGUAGAAGUAAUGAACAGUAAACGACAAUUAAACGGAAAACUUUGUCACGUGGUACAUUUCCGUGUCCGCCGUUUGCCGUAAACGUGACUCUUCAAUACUAAAUAGUGCUCGCACGUGAGCCAGCGUCAUUUGCUGUAAACGUGACUCUUCAAUACUAAAUAGUGCUCGCACGUGAGCCAGCGUCAUUUGCUGUAAACGUGACUCUUCAAUACUAAAUAGUGCUCGCACGUGAGCCAGCGUCAUUUUGGCGGGACAAAGUGAUAGCGGUCUUCAUUCUACUAACAGUAGUCAUGGUGUCGGGAACAAGUUAUCAAAUGCUAGAAAUUUUAUCAUUUUGCUACUGGAAGAGGGUUGAACCUCCUCCAAUAAAGAUAACAGUGUCUACUUUUCUGGUGAGAAAAAGUAAAGUGAAACAUUCCAGGUGCCUAUUUUUUGACAAUACGCGAAAAACGUUAAAUCAAAUCUUGUACUCUUAGUACAGUCGUUCCCGUCCUCGAAUCUAAAGGACUCUAGUGCUUGACAUAAGAGAGUUUAAGAUUCACGUUUACGCCAAGCGACAAUCGUGGAUUUGUACCUCGUGACCAAGUUUUCCUCUUAAUUUCCGUUUACUGUUUAUAACUUCUACACAAAAAUAAGUAGUUUCACGCCAGUUUUAUUCAUAAGAAUUGUUCUGGACAGGUUUUAACUGCUUACUUUUUAUUCUGAGAAAUUCUCAACUAGAAUCUGACGUUUGCCGUUUGCCGUAAACGUGAUUCUUAAUCUCUCUGUUGGACAACAAAUACCGCGGCUUAAAAAAACUUUCUGAAAGAACAGCCUUUCGUUGGAACAGAAGUCAGAGGUUAAACGCAUUAUCGCUUGUGCGCUAAUGUUUGCAUCUUAGUUUAAGUCAUUAAACCUGUGGUUUCUAACACUCGAAAGCCUUAGAAUAAAGAAAAAAAAUGUUCUUUAUUUGAGUGUCAAAGUAUUUAGCACGAAAGUACUAAUACUGAUAACACUGUUUUUACGUUCCUCUUACGUAAUCAUGUAGGAGUAUCUAAUUUAGGAUUAUUGCUCGUCCCCCACUGGAUGGGAUGCUUAUGUCGCUGGAACCCAUUUAUAUUCCAGGGUGGAGUCAGACGUCGUCUAGCAAAGGUUUUAGGAAACAGCGCGACGGCGCGGCCUACAGAUUACCUAUCCCCCUUUCUUUUUUUUUUCUUUAUUAUACUCAUCAAACGUUUUUUCUGAUUUGAAUCCUUAGCCUUAUCUUGUCAGUAUGUUACAGAAACUUCGACCAGUUACAGCAGUUCAGUUAGGUAAGUUUUAGAACUGUUAAGUAAAAUUCCUAAUGCAGUUAAGGAACCUGCCUUGUCCCUAGGCCCCUUCUCAAAGUGGUAGCAAGAGAAAGCCUGUGGCGAGUGGGGGAAAGAGGAAAAAGGGAAAAGGCUAGCCGAAGGGGAGGGGGGAAGGGCCCCGUUUCCCCCCUCUUCCCAUCUCCUGGCGGUAAUUAGCUGUAGGAGGUGGGGCAUUCCUCACUUCCCCUAUUCCCAUCUCUUUACGAUAAUUAGCUGUAGGGGGCGCGGGGAGGAGGGCCCCAUUUCCACACUUCCCCCUCUUCCCAUCUCUUUGGGUUAAUUAGCCCUUUCCCCAAACGGAGAGCCUGUUCCCAGGUUAGGAAACCUGUGGACAACGUUGCGCAUUGGUUUCAAAGAUAAUGAAGAUUAUAUAUCUAGAAAACCAACCUAACGAAAUUUGCAGUCAUUUGACUGAAAAGGCGUCAAAAGGCAGGUUUCUUAAGCCCGAGAAGCUUCAAAAUCACAGUAACGAAGGAAAAGGAAAGGAGAAAGAGGAAGAGCGAGGAGAAGGAAAGGAGGAGAAGAAAAAAAAGCAAUGGUUGCACUCUUAGUUUUUAUAAUAGCUACUUUGGAGAUAGUUUUUGGCCGAAAAAACUGUUGGACGCAAAAGGUCUAUUUCAAAAAUCCAGCUAGAUACAUUUAUUUUUUCACGAUAAGAUAGCUUGUGAGGAGGCUGUUGAGGCAAUUUUUAGUCUGAGGCAGUUGUGCUAGCUUUCUUGCAAUCAAAAACAAUUUUUCAGAGAAGUGAAGUAACACAUUUCGCUAGUUUCGUUAUAGGCUGAAGUGAUUCUAGAGAAUUAUAACGGUUCGCUACUUUGAACUUGAGAAGGAACUGGUUUCCUUUUGUUAAUAAAUUAUUUAGCAUUACUUGUUCUUCUUGAUUAGGGAUUUCUCUCGAGAAAAUAGAAAUUGACCCAGUUCUUCAACCUAAUGCAGCAAAUAGGUUUUGGAGGAAGCAAAAGCCGGUAAGUAUUUUCUGAGGCAAAUAUUCCAGCAUAUAACGCCCUGGGGGUGGGGGGAAACUCUGGAUUUCAAGUGACGAAUGGGGCAUAAAAUCAAAUCAAAAUCAAAAAAAAUAUCCCUGGGGCCUCUAACAAAACCCCAAAAACCCAGGACCAAAAAUUAACCCAAAACAAAAUCCCAUACCGAGUUUCCAAGCCUUAAAAUUUCCAGAAAGCAUCAAAUGAUACAACUUGCUGUACUUUUAUUUGGUUGUUCUUUAGUCGCAGAACUACGCAGCCGGGAUACGCGGGCACUACCAUGAAUCUUCAGAUUGUUUUGAACACCCCAAAAAUGCCUACUUGAAUCAAGCCACCGGAAAAAAUACUUGCCCUAAAAAUCCCAGAAUCGAAAAUUCCAAACCCCAAAAAUCCUUCGAUCAUCCCCCGUUUCCCGUGGGCUUUCCAUGAGCAAUUUACUACAGGAACAGUGUCAGGAAAUUUAUCAAAAUUCAGACAGUGGGAACCGUCACCAAACCCCGGAUUUCUUUCAUAAACUCACUUCAAAACCACCCUCUUCAAAGACUUGCUAUAUUUUUCAGACGACCAUAGAAAUGGAGAAUGUUGUCGACUGCCAGUUAAUGGAAGAAAAAAGCAAUGGAAAAUCUCUGUUUAGAGUUAUUUACUUCAGCCAGAACGCUCGUGACUUCAAGCACUACGACUUUGAAGCAGAAUCCGACAUGUCUGGUAAGUGCUUCGGCGUCUUGCUGGGUUGAUCCUUUGUGAAGCAUUGUAUAGGUACACCACUGCAAAACCCGCUCUGGAUUGGUUACUUUCAAACCUUUGUUUACAUAAAGCACCUUCUGAUUGGAUAGUAACGAAAGUCUGAUCUUAUGACGAGCGACGGAGUUUACUGGCCCCCGCCCCCUAAGAAGAUUUGACGCUCAUCCCCAGACAGACUCGGAACAUUUGAAACUAAGUUGGCCGCCUAUAACGUAAGCCGUUCGAUCUGGACGAUCCUACGGCAAAAGAGAGGACUGGGACUGUUAACAGUCUACAAAUCAUUUUCUGUUUUCAUUUCUUUGUAGGAGAGAUAGUCAAACAGGUCAAUCACAUUAUCAGAUCCAAAAUAGGCGGAGUAAGGUCCGAAUACCUGGCUACGAAGGAGAAGAAACUCGAAAAAAGAAGGUCCUUUAGGUAUUAAUCCUCUCGCCGGAUUGGCUAUGCAAAUCAGAGUCAACUGGAAUCAGUGGGUGUGUGAAGGAAGACCACCAUUCGCCACUUUAGAAACGCGAGGGAACUGGAGCCGGAAUACGUCCCGCAGUUGUUUCUGGGAUCGUUACUGGGGACGCACCGGUCAGCUAUUGGCCAAUUUUUCCCUGUCCCCUGCGAAAGUUAACUCGGCUCAGUUUUCUUUUCCUUUUUAAAUUGGCUAGUGGAAAGGAAAUAUCGCAAUCGCUGCCUGGAGUAAGCUUCCCUGGUAUGCGGCCAUUAUUUAAAUCGUAACGCAACUCACCUACAAAAGGUGGUAAAACACUGCGCAACGGCUCGCCUUCCUCAGUGAAUUGUUUAAUACGAGGAUUUUUGUAGACGCGGAUGAUCCUUUUCCAUCUACUUAUAAUGUUGAUUGUAGGAAAGAUAACCUCUGUGGAAAAUGUCAACUUGAAAAUAGAUUCAUACAGGCCAUUUCCGAGUUCCAAAAACUCUCACUUUCAAAACGAGGCUUAUUGCAAAAACCUUUGCUGUGAAAAUGAGUUUUGAUUUGCAUGACAAUGAAAAAGCAAUGCCAUAUCAAUGGCUACGCACUCAGCCUCGUUUUGAACAAAAUGGCAAAUGAAAACUGGAAAAUAAAAAUAGAGUCGUCUUGUAUCCCCGUCCUCCAAAUAACGUGAAAUUAGGCAAUUUCAAAUCGUAGUCGUAAAGUGACGGCAAAGAAAUUGCCUAAGCUCGCUAUUAUAUUAACGAUAUUUAGAAACGAUUAAGGAUGACGACGUUGAUCAUAAAAAAUCGUGCAUCAUUCCUUUCUAAUUUAAAAUUAAUAUUUUCGUGAGGUUUAUCAAUCGAUUCGCCUGAAAAUUCUACCUAAAGUCAGACUGUUAUGUCUUUCAAAAAUGACAAUUACAGAAAACUGAGAACUUUUAAUUUAUAGGUUACAGCUGUACGAGGUUAUCUGCAUAAUAUUGUUUUUAGAUUAAAGUUCUAAGUUCUGCCAAUUUUUUGUCACCCAAAUAACACUGCAAUUUAUAAUACAAAUCGAACAGCAAAAGUUUCAUUACGUUUGGAGUUUUUUUUUAUGUAAUACAGGACGAAUAAGAACAUAAAAACGAAUAAAUCAGGA